UUUGAAUUCGCCUUCGCUUUUAUAUGAAAUGAUAAAUAAAUAAACAUUCCCUUUUUUUGUAAUAUUUUUUAAUAAAUUUAUCCAAAAAUGAAACGAAAUCAAUUAUAUCAAUCAACAGCCGAUAUUCAAAAAGAGCAACUAUUUUUAGUUCAACUCGAACGUGAGUUAAAUAAUGUUUUAUCCAAAAUUAAUGAAAAUAUAAACACCUUAAAGGUUGAAGAGCUCCAACUUAGAUCACAAGCCGUUAACAUGUCGGCUCCACAAAAGACUUCCCAAAAAAUUGAAGCUAUUACCAAACAAGAGGCAACCCCAGUUUUCAUUGACAACCCAGAAAUAGUCAACCAGCAAGAAAUGGACUUGAAUAUUUUAAUGAAAAACAUCAACGAAGAAGAGGAAGAAGAAUAAUAAAACAGAAUCUUCAAAUUAAAAUCUAACUCAUGUUUAUUUAUUUUCUAAAAAAAUGCUUAGUAAAUUGUACCUAAACUCGCAAGAGAAAAA